CAUAUAUAUAUCUCUUCGUCUCAUCGUUGACGUGUAUAUUCUCUCUCUCUCUCUCUCUUUCUCUUUCUCUUUCUUUUCUCUUUUCUUUCUACUUUAUUAUACGUGUGUUGGGUGCGCGUGCGCUCGCUUGUACCACCACCGAAGCGUGAGGCGGUAAAUACAACACAUUCGAAGAAGAAGGAGAAGAAGAAGAAGAGGAAAACUGAACGAAGAACGAAGAGUGAAGAAAGAAAGAAAGAAAGGAAGGAAGGAAGGAAGGAAGGAGACACGAAUGCCGAUCGCCGGUAGAGUUCUGGUUGCUGGAACCGCGGCCCAUUGCCUGUCUUCCGCCGUUGGCAUGCUUCGAUUCCUCGCCAGACUUUCAGGGAGGCGGCGACACGUGCGCCGGAGUUCUGGGCCAGGUGGAACGGCUCGUGCUGUCGAGGAAACAGAAAAAGCUGCUACGACGGCAGCGGUAGUGGCAGCAGCAGCAACAACAACAGCAACGACGACGGCGACGACGACGGCGGCGACGACGGCUGGUCCGACGACGACGACGACGACGACGGCGGCGGCGGCGGCGGUGACAGUAGCAGCAACUACGACCACGACGGCAACUACGACCACGACCGCAACGACGACGACGGCAACGACGACGACGACGAUGACGACGAUGACAACGACGACGACGACAACGAUGACGACGUUAGGAACUAAGGCAGGGGUGGUACCGGCUGCUGGAGGCAACGGCACGGUUGGAAGUGCCCUUAUGGCCAACGUGGGAUGCCAGAUGAUAGGAGGAGAAAACGGGAUAAUCGAAGAAGUUAGUUCACCGUUGCCGGAUGAAGAACUCCGUUGUUGCGACAGCACCACCGGCGGCAACGGCAGUACCACUAACAGCAGUACUGGCAGUAACAACAACAACAGCAGCAGCAGCAGCAACAACAACAACAACACCACCAACAACACAGUCAUCAUGGAUGACAAUAACAAUAAUAAUCAUCGUUACCAACAAUACUAUAGGCAUCAUCCGCUUCUUCAUCGUUCUUUUACCCAACAACAAGAUCUUCGUUGUUGUCAUCAACGUAGGAACAUUGAUGUCACGAAGCCGAUGAAGGAUGAGAAAAUGAUCGAGGAUUAUAGUCAUUUAGAAGAGAAUGAUUCUCAGGAAUAUUCGUUGUUAUCCAAUUCUCGGGAAUUAGAAGAAACGUCGUCUUGGGAUAUAGCUGACCUACGUUACCUACAUCGUCAACACCAUUUACAUUAUAGCUAUUGCCAUCAGCUUGAACAUCAGCAUCAACGUCAUUAUCGUAAUCGUCAUCAUUGUCAACACCAUCAUCGUCCACAUCAUCGACAUCAUUAUCAUCGUCAUCAGGAGUAUCAUCUACAGCACCAGGAACAACAACAACCAAAUCCACAUCAACGUCCUCAUCAUCAUCAUCAUCGUCAUCAUCAUCGUUAUUAUCAUCAUCAUCAUCUCGACGACUUACAACAACGUCUUCGGAAGGAACGAAGGCGAGAAAAUGUUGUCUCUCCUUCUUCCUCUUCCUCCUCUUCCUCCUCCUCCUCUUCCUCCUCCUCCUCCUCCUCCUCGACGACGAUGACGACGACAACGACGACGACGACGAUGGCAACCACUAUCAUCACCGGCAACAGCACCAGUACCGGUACCACCUCUUCUUCCUCCUCCACCUCGUCGUCACCUAUCAUCCCUCUCGUCCGACCUGAAGAUAGUAACACGUCCAGGAGUGUCACUGCCAUGACGAAAGGAUGCAGGAUUCCACCGUACCUCGCUACGUUACUCAUCAUCUCUUACACCCUCUUCGGUAUCACAGAUGCCUGUUCGUCGCGGUCAACGCCAAAACCACGACCACCAACGCCGACACCUCGGCCAAAUAUCACAUUCCACAUGUAUACGUGUCCUCCGGAUUAUGCGGAGUGGUACUGCCUAAACGGUGCCACGUGUUUUACCGUCAAAAUCGUCGAUUCCCUCCUCUAUAAUUGCUUAUGUGCUAAUGGCUAUAUCGGACAGAGAUGCGAGUUCAAAGACUUGGAUGGUUCCUAUUUACCUUCUCGUCAACGUGUAAUGUUGGAGACGGCAAGUAUCGCCGGUGGUGCGACGAUAGCAGUGUUUCUCGUCGUUAUCAUUUGCAUAGCAGCUUAUAUACAUUGUAAAAGAAAGCAAAAGGAAUUGCGAACAAGCAGUAACUGCUUCGACACGGUGGAUGGACCCGGUCGAGAUCCGGAGCUGAGGCCGUUUAGCAACCGCAGCCGCUCCCUUAUGAUCUACAUGGCCAAGAAUCCUCCCAACAGCUCGGCAACAAUUGAGCAAACAAGAAUGCCAGGAUGGAACAGAGUAGAAACGAUGGAAUCGAUGAGAAUGGCAUCUAUAAGCGAGAGCAAACGUUCGAGCCAAUAGCCAAGAUCAAACUCGUGUCGGCAAAAGAAGAAGAUCUACGAUGAUAAGUCGUGGAAGAUUAAUUAUUGCCGAUACGUCGAUCGCCAACAGAAAUAUCCAUCUUCCGACAUUAUUAUCAAUCGUUGUUGUUGUUGUCGCCGUCCGAACUACGAAGCUCGACGAAAACGAAUAAUAGAAUCGUCCAAAAAAAAAUCAUCGUUAUCAUCAACAUUAUCUUCAACAUUAUCUUCAUCUUCAUCGUCAUCGUCAUCGUUCUCAUCAUCAUUAUCGUCGUCAUCGUCAUCAACAUCGUCAUCGUCUAAGCUUGCUAACUUUUCUAGAGUUACGUCUGUACUUGUACGUUUCGCAUCGUUCCUUUCAUUUCACGAAGAUAUACGGCCCUGAGAUAACCGAAAUAUUUAACGCAAUGCCGACGAACAAAAACAUUUUUUCUUAAUACCAUGUGAAAUACGUUCGAACAAAGGAUAGAAAAAAUGAAAUAUAUAUAUAUAUAUAUAUACAUCUAUAUAUAUAUAUGAAAAACAUAGAGACAAUGAGAGGAAGAGAAAGAGUAUUUCUUUCGUUAAAAAGAUAUACUUGAUAAUACUUGUUCCAACGUAUUUCUUCUAAUAUUAUAUUUUCGUGAAACGGCUAGGCUGAAUAUGGUGCUAACUACGUGAACACGACUUCUUCACAAUCGCUUCUUUUUUUUUUUUUGUUUUCCUUAUUUUUUUUUUUUUUUAUUAUUUCUUUUUCUUUUUUUGUGUGUUUAUUUAUUUUACUUCAUUUUAUCUUCCUUUUUUCUCUAAUUUUUUUUCAAGACAUUCCUAUAAAAUAAAAAAAUAAUAAUAAAUUGUUCCCUCGAUAUGCCUCCAUUUUUGGAUUUAACAAGAUACUAAUUUAAUAAUGAACACACUUUCUGGUCUGUGUA